UGGCGGCGACCCGGCAGCUGGGCUCAGGGCACCCAGGCGCACGCUGGGGCUGGUGGGGACCGAGCGCCUCGUGGCCGAGCAUGGCGGGCUCGCUGCCUCCCUGCGUGGUUGACUGCGGCACCGGGUACACCAAGCUUGGCUACGCAGGCAACACUGAACCACAGUUCAUUAUCCCGUCAUGUAUCGCCAUCCGAGAAUCCGCAAAGGUAGUUGAUCAAGCCCAAAGGAGGGUGUUGAGAGGAGUCGAUGACCUUGACUUCUUUAUAGGGGAUGAGGCCAUUGAUAAACCUACUUACGCCACCAAGUGGCCUAUACGACAUGGCAUCGUUGAAGACUGGGAUCUUAUGGAAAGGUUCAUGGAACAAGUGGUCUUUAAGUAUCUUCGUGCUGAACCUGAGGACCAUUACUUUUUAAUGACAGAACCUCCACUGAACACACCAGAAAACAGAGAGUACCUUGCAGAAAUCAUGUUUGAAUCAUUUAAUGUACCAGGACUCUACAUUGCAGUACAGGCAGUGCUGGCUCUGGCAGCCUCUUGGACAUCCCGGCAAGUUGGUGAACGCACACUAACGGGGAUAGUUAUAGACAGCGGAGACGGUGUCACCCAUGUUAUCCCAGUGGCAGAAGGUUAUGUAAUUGGAAGCUGCAUCAAACACAUCCCAAUUGCAGGUAGAGAUAUUACGUAUUUCAUUCAACAGCUGCUAAGGGAGAGGGAGGUGGGAAUCCCUCCUGAGCAGUCACUGGAAACCGCAAAAGCCAUCAAGGAGAAGUACUGUUACAUUUGCCCAGAUAUUGUCAAAGAAUUUGCUAAGUAUGAUAUAGAUCCCCGGAAGUGGAUCAAACAGUACACAGGGAUCAAUGCCAUCAACCAGAAGAAGUUCAUUCUAGAUGUUGGUUAUGAAAGGUUCCUGGGACCAGAAAUAUUCUUCCACCCUGAGUUUGCCAACCCAGACUUUAUGGAGUCCAUCUCGGAUGUUGUUGAUGACGUCAUACAGAGCUGUCCCAUCGAUGUGCGCCGGCCGCUGUAUAAGAACGUCGUUCUUUCUGGAGGCUCCACAAUGUUCAGAGAUUUUGGACGUCGUCUGCAGAGAGAUUUGAAAAGAGUGGUGGACGCCAGGUUAAAGCUGAGCCAGGAGCUCAGUGGGGGCAGGAUAAAGCCUAAGCCCGUGGAGGUGCAGGUGAUCACGCACCACAUGCAGCGCUACGCUGUGUGGUUUGGAGGCUCGAUGCUAGCCUCAACUUUAUUCGCGGCCAUCCUGAAUCUGAGAAUAGUCAAUGAUUCCAAGAACCAGAGAGACUACAUCCAGGGAACUGUAAAUAACUUAAAUAAACAUUAG